GGAGAUGCCAUCCUGGUGACGGAGGACGAAGGCGGAGGGCCCCGGGUGGCGUCCGAAGUGUGCCCCCCGCCGAUACAGCCCUGGCUGCUGGGCACCCUGGUGGCCCUCCUGCUGGCCCUCCUGGCCCUCCUGCGUGCCUUGCAGCUCAGCACCCUGUGGCUGGACCCGGCUGAGCUCUACGUGCUGCGGGACUGCGGCUCCGAGGCUGAGCGAGGGGCCUCCAAGGCGCUGGAGCCCGUGCGCCACCGGGGCCCUUUCGUCCUGUGCUCCCUGCUGCUGGUGAGCGCCUUGGCUCAAGCUGCCGUUGCCGUGCUUUUCUACCGGGCCGUGGGGGCUCUGGCCCCGGCCAUCCUCAGCGUGGCUGCCUUGUCCUUCCUGCUGGCAGAGGUGCUGCCGUUCGCCAUCAGUUCCCGCUGGGGUCUGUGGCUGGCGCCGCGGGGCCUGUGGCUGACCCAGUUCUUCAUGCUGCUGACCUUCCCCGUCUCGCUGCCGCUGAGCCGGGUGCUGGAGCUGGCCCUGCGGCAUGAGAGCAGCACUUACCUUUUGCGGGAGAAGAUCCUGGACAUGGUGCGCAACAGUGACCCUUACAACGAGUUUGUACGGGAGGAGUUCAGCAAGGGGGCCCUGCGGAACAAGACGGUGGAGGACGUCCUGACACCGCUGGAUGAGUGCUUCAUGCUGAACGCCGAUGCCGUGCUGGACUUCAACAACAUGUCCACCAUCAUGCAGAGUGGCUACACCCGCAUCCCGGUGUAUGAGGAUGAGCGGACCAACUUGGUGGAUAUGCUGUAUGUCAAGGACUUGGCCUUGGUGGACCCAGAUGACUGCACCCCUCUGAGCACCAUCAUCAAGUUCUACAAUCACCCGCUGCACUUUGUGUUCAAUGACACCAAGCUGGAUGCUGUGUUGGAGGAGUUCAAGAAAGGGAAAUCCCACAUGGCUAUUGUGCAGAAGGUGAACAACGAAGGGGAAGGGGACCCAUUCUACGAAGUCAUGGGAUUGGUGACCCUAGAGGACGUAAUAGAAGAGAUCAUCAAGUCAGAGAUCAUGGAUGAAUCAGACGACUACAGGGACAACCGGUUGAAGAAGAAGCCCCCUCCCCUGGGAAUGCUGAUGGACCACCGGAAAGAAGAUUUCUCCUUGUUCAAAGUUUCUGACAACGAGUACAAAGUAAAAAUCUCCCCUCAGCUACUCCUGGCUACCCAGCGCUUCUUAUCUCGAGAGGUGGAUCUCUUCAGCCCAGGCCGAAUCUCGGAGAAGGUCCUGUUGCAUCUCCUGCAGCACCCCAGCGUCAACCAAGAAGUGAAGUUUGAUGACUGCAACCGCUUGGCCGCUGAACAUUACUUGUAUCAACGCAACCAACCGGUCAAUUACUUUGUGCUCAUCCUGCAGGGCAGGGUGGAAGUCGAGAUUGGGAAGGAAGGACUGAAGUUUGAAAACGGCGCCUUCACCUAUUAUGGGGUCUCUGCACUUACCGCUCCCUCCUCAGUCCACCAGUCCCCCGUGUCCACUCUACGCAUGAAUCGUCGUGAACAGCAGGUUGACGGCACAGAGCCCACCAAUUAUUCAGCGUAUUGCCCUGACUACACCGUUCGAGCCCUCACCGAUCUGCAGUUCAUCAAG